AUGGGUUUUCUUGACAGGAGCAAGAUGAGUGCAUGCUUGAGAAUAAAAAGGAAAAAAGAGAAGGAAACAGAUUCAAGGGGUCAGUCGUCAUUCAUAAAAAAUGGAGGAUUAUUAUUGGAAAAGCUGAUUGCAAUUCGUAAUGAAAAGCGCAGUCCUGUCCGUAACUUUUCAGCUGAACAGCUCAAGUCUGCAACGAAUAACUAUGAUGAACGUCAGAUUUUGCAUGAAGCAGGUGAUUGCAAGUUGUACAAGGGCACUCUUCAAGACAGACCAAUAUGCAUUAAGAAGUUUGUAGCUCAGCCUGAAAGGCUCAGGUCAGAUGUCAAUGAAAUUGCUAUAGCAACCCGAAUGAGUAUUCAUAAGAAAGAUGAUGGUUAUAUAUUUUACAAGGGCACUCGUCAAGACAAGCCAGUCUGCAUUAAGAAGUUCUUCCCUUCAUCCUCUAAAUAUGUCAGUUUGGCUAUUAAUGAAAUUGCAAAUGCAUCCCAAGUGAGCGCUCACAAGCAUGUCCUGAAGCUUCUGGGAUGCUGUUUAGAGACCGAAAUUCCCAUUCUAGUAUAUGAAUUUGUGCAGAAUGGGACUCUCUCUGAUAGACUCUAUGGUUCUGAUAGGCAGCCUUUACCAUGGAAAUGUAGGUUAAGGAUUGCAAGGGAUAUAGCACAUGCAGUUGCAUAUCUACAUGCUGCAUUUUCCAGGCCCAUCAUUCAUAGAGAUAUUAAACCCUCCAACAUUUUGUUGGAUCAACAAAAUGUUGCCAAACUGUCUGACUUCUCUCUUUGCAUAUCAAUUCCUGAGGGCAAACAGCGUGUGAAAGACGCAGUGUGUGGAACAAUUGGAUUCAUUGCACCAGAGUAUGCAACUACCGGUUACAUUUCAGAGAAAUCCGAUGUUUUUGCUUUUGGUGUGCUUCUUCUUGUGCUUUUAACUGCCCAGAUAGUUUGGGAUCAGAAGUUCCUGCACAAUGAUUUUUUCUUGAUAUCUGGUCGUGUGAAAUACCAUGUUGAAAACAACAGAUUCAAUGAGAUUGUAGAUUCCAGAAUACUGGAAGAGACUCUCUGGUCCGGGACGGAGCAGCAGUUGCAAGAUUUUACAGCUCUCGCCUUUAGAUGCAUCAAUGAAAACGAAGAAGAUAGGCCAACAAUGAUCAAUGUAGCAAAAAUACUUGGGCAGAUGGAAAAAUCUAGUCAUUGUUAG